CCCCACCUGCUCUUGCCCCCACUUCCAGACUCCCCUUCCCGGCACUCCAAACGCACAUCACCCCCACCCGCCCCCACGUCCUGGCACCCAAGCGCACCCCCGAUGAGCCAGCCCCACUCAACUCCCGGCGAAGGGUCCAGCCAGGAGAGCCCCUUCCCCACUCCGCCGCGCCUCGGCAUGCGCCGGCGCUUGCCCCAGUCUCCGCAAACAGUGUACUCGAUGUCCCCCGGGCCGCUGCCCAGGCGACGCCCUCCCGCAUCGCCUCUGGUCCUGCGUACUCCGGGCACCGGUCCAGUGACAUCGCCGGCCCCGCCAUCGCCGAGUCCCGGCCGGGUGGGCGAGCCCAACGCGCGGGUUGGCCGCUUCCUGGAGGAUGCCGACACCGGAGACCUCCUUUGCAUGCUUGGCAGGUCGCUGGAUCGAGCGAGCGAGUCCAUCCACGGCGCCACGCCGCAAAAGCGUGCCCGCCUUUCCGGCGCAGUGACACCCUCCCCGGCUCGGCACGGGCACAUUGGGACCUUGCUCCGGUCGCCGCUUGUGGCACCGGUCGACAUGACGCCCAGUCGCUCCGGUGAGGGUGAUUUCUUUUCGGUCGAUCGGUCGGACCUUCUUUCCUACGACUCAAGUCAGGAGAGCCAGUAUGCGGAGCGUCGCCGCGCGGCGAUGCUCUUCUCCUCCCAGUCGGCGGAGGGAAAGCACUCGGAAGGACCCGGCGCGGCGGACGGCCAUGAAGCCGGCGAUGGCGAUCACUCUGACGCGGAGCCGGGGGAAGAUGGAUCCCCUGGCGUGGCCCCGCCUCUUGUCAUUGACAUCGCGGAGAUUGGCGAGGGAGCCUCCUUCAAUUCGUUGGUUGGGCGGAUCAUCUACUCCGAUGCCGCUCGGCCAUUUAUGUCCAAGAAAGAGGAGGAGAUCCGGUAUUUGCGGAAGUUUGUCAUUCGGGAUGACUCGGCAUCUAUUGCGGUUCUCUGCUGGUCCGAUAGCCCGGAGCGCUUUGAUUCCCUCAAGCUCGAUGAUCGCAUUCAGCUUUUCUUCCCGGAUAUCCGCCACCGGCCGGAGAUCAUCCAGCGUGAGCAGGAAAAGAUGCGCGAAUUGCCUGCAUCCUACUUCCCGGAGCAUCUGCCGCCGCCAGAGCGAUCCCCGACGGAGGAUGACCAUCCAUCACCCCCGGCGCCGGAUUCCGGCAGCCAGGAGGAUUCCCAGGCGGCCAGCAAGAAUUUCACCUCCCUGCCAACCACCAGCGACUACGAAGCCCACAUCUUUGUCGGUCGGGACAAUUGCGACAUUCGGCCUUUCACCGGGCGCCAGCGUUUCCUGCGGCCACUUCGGCGUGCGGCCCUCGUGGCCAGGCCACUGGCCGACAUUCUGGCCUCAUGGACGGCCGACUGUGAGGACUUCUCGGAUGGCAGCCAGCCGCGCGAGACCGGGCCCGCCGGGACUGGUAGUGCCGCGAUCGUCGGUGUCGUGGCUGUCUCCCCGGAGCAGGAAUUCCGGAAGAAACUCUAUCUUGAUCCGCAGAACGAGGCCACCCCGCCAGUGGAGGUGACACUGCUCAAGCGCGAGGUGCUUGUAUACGAUGACAGUCUCCCGGAGGGGAUUCCCCUCAUCAUGUACGUACUCAGGGGGCUCUUGCUGCUGUAUUGGCUUCUCCUUCCCCUGGGCAGCCUCUAACCGCCGAGAGGCCUCCACAAUGCAGCUGGGGAGACAUGUCACGGUCAGCGGGCGCUUGGGAGCCCGGGUCCACGUUCAUUCACCUCUCCGAUGUCCGGGCUAGCCUCUACCGGGGCACGGUGAACCUGGCCUGCGGGAGGGACUGCUUCUUCGAUGUGGGCACCAUGCAGCACCCGGAACAUCUGCACCUUCAGCCAACCACCCCAUGGUCGGGGGUGCUCGAUCGCGCGAGCAGCCGCUGGAGCGGGAUUUUGAUGUUCGCCCCGGUGCUUCCAGACUUGCUGGCCCAGCGCCACCGGGCGGCUCAGUCCUCGGCGGCUGCCACCCAGGUGGGCCAGUCCCAAGUGCAAUCGGCCACGCCAGACCGGACGAGGGCGACGCAGGAGCCGCAACGCAUGCUGCUUAGUCCACAGGGAGGGCGAUGAAUAUACCAAUCACGUGCCAUCGCGGGCAUGUGCCGGCCGCGUCUGUGUAGCAGGGUUCACACGGGUUA